AUGUCCCAGCCUGGUUCAUCCCCCGUUCCCUUUCCAACGGAAAAGACGUUCAGUUCCUAUAACCAGGAACAAGGCAAAGCUUAUGCUCAGAUCCGUCGCGACUACCAUCCUAGCCUGUAUCAAACCAUCGUCAACCACCACGCCUCCACUGGCGGUCAGUUCGACACCCUUCUCGAUGUCGGCUGCGGCCCUGGCACCGCCGCCAACGGGCUCGCUCCACACUUCGCCCACGCCAUCGGCCUCGACCCUUCUGAAGGCAUGAUCACUACCGCUCGCUCCCUCGGCGGUGUCACGUCCACGUCCGAACCGGUCCGCUUCGAGGUCUCGACGGCCGAAGAACUCGGAAAGGACCUCUCACCGCCCGUCCAGGAUUCCAGCGUCGACCUCGUCACCGCCUCAAACGCCGCGCACUGGUUCGACAUGUCGCGUUUCUGGCCACAUGCCGCCCGCGUCCUCAAGCCGGGUGGUAGCGUCGCAUUGUGGACCAGUGGCGGGAUCCGCGCCCACCCAUCCAUGCCCAAUGCAGCCGCCAUCCAAGCCGCCGUGGACCAGCACGAGGAGCGCCAUUUGAAACCCUACUAUGUGCCUGGCAAUCUGCUUGCUCGAAACCGCUAUGUCGAUCUCCCGCUCCCUUGGACCCUGGGGCAGCCCGUCUCGGAAUUCGACAAGAGCACCUUCUUCCGGAAAGAUUGGGAUGUCGACGAGGAGUUCUUCGUGGGGCUACCGGAGGUGGAUUUGGAUACGUUCGAGAAGAUGAUGGCGACCGGAAGUGCCCUGACUCGAUGGCAACAAGCCCACCCAGACGUCGCCGGUACCGAGCGUGACGUACUGAGGAUGCUUCGCAGAGAGAUCGAACGGCUACUGCAUGAGGCGGGUGUGGAGAAGGGGAAGGAGAGGGUAAGGGGAGUUGUGCCAGGGACGUUGUUAAUAGUGAAAAAGAAGAUAUAA